CGCCGCUGCGGGAGGCUUCGGGGAACAACAAGGAUCCUCCAAGACAGCAAUUUCAGUCGCCGUCUGUGUGUAGGGGUGCCUCCGCUCACCCCCACUUGAUGCAGUCUCCGUCUCCCCUGUCCGCCAGUUCGAGUGUAGGCCGCCGUCUUGGCGAGUGCGGGGAGACGACGUGUGGCAUCGCUGAUGUUGGUGGCGCACGUGACGGGAGGGAGGUGUGGGCAGAACAACGACGGUUGAUGCGGUCGGGGCGGGAGGAGUCCAUAACUCAAGGGGUGCAGCGAUUGAGUGUUGGGGAAGACGGACACGACGGCGAGGAAGCAGUGGCGGACGCGCACGACGACGACUGGAACGACAACGACGCUGAAGGUGGGGAGGACGACGCAGACCACAUUUCGUCGUCGAAGCAGGCGGCCGCUAUGGAAGGGAGGGGCGGGAAGACGAAGUCGUGUGUUGGCAAUGGUCGUCGGGGCAAAAGGGCAGCGGGCAAGGGUGGCGAUGCUGAAGGUGACGUCGAUGGGGAAGGAGGUCGUCACUUCUAGUGGAAGAAGGUGGGCGUCGACAGAGAGGCAGAUUGGUGCGGGAAGAAGUCGGACAAUCUGAUGCAGCAGUUCAAGAAGGUGCAUCAUUUCCAAGGACUUUCCGAGAAACAGGACUUCUUCCAAUUGUCUGGGAAGGACAGGAUGUCGAAGGGCUUCAGUUUCAAUAUGGAUCGUGCGGUUUACGACGAGAUACUGGGGUCGACCGCCAAGAACCACACCAUAAACCCGAAGAACGUCGUCGACACCGGUGCUCAGGGUGGUGUGCGUCUGUCGUCCGCCUCUUCUACGGAUCCUGAAUCUGUGGGCGACGGGGACGGUGGUGCAGAUCACGACGACGACGACGACGGGUCCACAAAAGGUUCUUCGCAGACGACGGGUGGCGCAGGCGGUUUCGGCAAGAGGAAGAGCACGAGGCAGCAAACUUUUGAGGCAAUGACGGAAUGCAUGGAGAAGCACAGGGCGCUAAUGGCGUCGACGAUGGAGAGCAACAGCAAACGUCAUUGCUCCAUCGCCAUAUGGCAGUGCGAGGCGCUCGAAGCGGAGGUCGAAGUGCAGAAAAAGCACUACGCAGCGUCAGACGAAGUCAGCAAGCUUAUGUGCCACGCCUUUGCUGGAGAUAACCAAGUUCAUCGCCAAGCGUUAGACUUCGUGCCGCCUCUGUUGUGCUCCCUUUUCGCUUCCAUGGAUGUGGACGGCGUGAAACGGAAUACGCGGGAAGGAAUGGAGGCGGCGGCGAAGCUAUGGGUGGAUGACCUCCGCUUUUGGAACGAAAGGGAGGGAUUUGCCAUCGUGAAGUUGAUCGUGGAGGCGCGCGGGUAUCUUGUGGCGGUGGCACGGGGAAAGAAGCCUCCGCCCAUUCGUCGCAGCAUCGUCUUGCCUCACAACAGCAUCCCGCAGCAGAAGAUCGCGGACGAGUCGAAGUUCAAUGCUGCGAAGGAGAGGGAGGUGAAGGUGCAGGGGAUCGCUUUGCGGGUGAUACACGGGUGGGUCUUCAAGUCUCAGAACAGGCAACGGGGGUACCACGCGGCGUACCAGUACUCACGGAACCACGUGGCCACCGACAUCGCUCGCGCCAUGUGGAUGGGGGAGGACUGGCGUUAUUGUGUGAGCCCCAAGGUCGUCCACCACACGCUCAAUAUGGAUAUGAAGCUGCCAUUGUGGUUCGUAGGUGCCGACGUCGAAGACAGGCACAAGGACGACGGCUUGGCGGCUUAUCAGGAGGUGAGCAUCCAGCUACUGGUGGGGGCUUUCACGAGCGUCGUGAUCAUUGCGGAGGCGACAGACGGCAGUCGUGUAUCGCACAAAAGGUUGAAGACCAUGGCCGACGCGAUGCGGAUGAUGCUCGCGGCGACCAUGUGACUCAUGCGGAUGGCGGGUGACGAUCAUCGCACACAUUACGACGCCUGGGUUUUCGUGCAACUGACGGCG